AGUCGUCAAAACUCUCCAACCACCCAUCUCAAUCCCAAAUCGUUCCUUGAUUUCUCAGCCUCAAAACCUCUCCUAAAACCUCUUUAUCAAUAAUUACAAUGUCGACGGACCCAAUCGAAUCCUUCAAACCCUACACUUUAACCCAAACCCUAACCGGCCACCACCGCGCAAUCUCCUCCGUCAAAUUCUCCUCUGACGGCCGCCUCCUCGCCUCCUCCUCCGCUGACAAGUCUCUCCUCGCCUACUCCGUCUCCAAUAUUUCCAAUUCCGAUUCUACCCCGCUCCAACAAUUCUCCGGCCACGAACAAGGCGUCUCCGACCUCGCAUUCUCCUCCGAUUCCCGCUUUCUCGUCUCCGGCUCCGACGACAAGAACCUCCGUCUAUGGGACGUCGCCACCGGCUCCUGCCUCAAAACCCUCCAGGGUCACACUAAUUACGUGUUUUGCGUUAACUUUAACCCUCAGUCUAACAUGAUUGUCUCCGGUUCUUUUGACGAGACCGUUCGAAUUUGGGACGUUAAAAGCGGAAAGUGUCUCAAGGUUUUACCUGCCCAUUCCGAUCCCGUCACUGCCGUUGAUUUUAAUCGCGACGGCUCGCUGAUUGUCUCAAGCAGUUACGAUGGUUUGUGCAGAAUUUGGGAUGCCGGCACCGGACAUUGUAUGAAGACACUUAUUGAUGAUGAGAAUCCGCCUGUUUCGUAUGUUAAAUUUUCACCAAACGGAAAGUUUAUUCUCGUCGGGACUCUCGAUAAUACUUUAGUAAGUUUUUCAUUUUUUUUUUANU